AUGACAGCCCCGCCUACCUCGCAAGCUACGACGGACAGCGGACGGCAGACGAUGCGAUCCCACCGCAUUAGCAACGAUGCCCUCUCGAUCCUGGUAGCUACGGGAUUCCGUGUCCGGGCGACACCGCAGGGCCAGCACGCCAAGUGGCCCAAGUGCAAGAAAGCCGUCAUCACACCGCAAGCUUCUUCAUUCAUCUCUGCAAGCAGCGCCGCAUCGUCGCCGUCGUCCUCGGCAUGCGCCCAUGGCACGCUCGACGCUUCUCUUGUCCCAGAGCCAGCGGUCGAAGAAAGAAAGGGAGCAACGGCGCAGAUAGACCCUUCGCCUCCUGCUGCCGCCGGCGUCCCACCAGUCAAGAAGGUGCGCUUCACUAUCGAUGACGAGGAGAUGCGCCACAUCAUCGAGUACGCGCAUGAGCUGAUGCGGAGGUCACCGCAAGCACGCGGGCUCGUCGUGGCUUUGCCAGCUGGCCCGACGUUGCCCAGACUCGUGCCCCUCGCCAUGCCCCUUACUCCCUCCGCAAGUCUCCCCCCACGUCGCCCUCGCACACCUCCGCCUCAGGAUCUUCCGCCCUGGCCUCCCCUGCGCUUUCUCGAAGGAUGCGAUGAUGACGACGAUGCAGCGGCAGCAGCUGCAGGCGAAGCACUGGCCGAGCGCCUUGCUCCGACAGCACCUUCCCUGCCCUCAAUCCUCGUGCGCCCCCCUCGUAAGGCAAAGAAGGACGCGAUUGCUCUGGCUCAAAAGUUCUGGGAGGGAGAGGCGAUCCUGCUUCGCUUAGUUCCGGAGACAAGGAGAGCGCGCACGGCAGCUGCGAUCAAGCAGAAUCGCCUCGACUUUGGAGACCCAGCCUUCUUUCAGCGUCCUGACGUCAGAUUUGCGGAGCCAUCAGGGCUUGAAGCAUUGCGACGUCAAGCAAACCCGGCAAAGGCCCUCCCGGACAGCGCGGCGGGGAUCAAACUCUUCAGUCUCGAGCUGAGCUAUGCAAGCAUCAUCGUCAAGCGCCUCAUCGGGUCAAGGCAUCAGGCUAGCCAAAUUUCUAGCAUUGAGAUGAUCCAGUACGCCAGGGGCCGACGGAGUUUGGACACAGCAUCUUCAUGGGGAGCCGCGUGA